AUUAUUAUCACAUGGCCAUGAGGUUCCGGCUCCGGCAGUCCGGCGUUCAUCCGAUACUUCUAGUGUCCCACACUCAUUAAAUGAAACAAUUCCAAAUUUCUACGUCUAUCUUAUGGAUAUGAAACAUGAAUACAAAAAAAGUUAUACUCUAAGGCAUCUAGAACAGUCCUUAGACCAUUAUCAUCACCUUAGUCACUUGACACUUAACACUUAUUAGGAAGUCUUUUUUGGUAUUUUCUCUGCCUCACUCGACACAUCUUCUCUUCCCACGCUCAGUGUCAAGAUUCAUAAAUCCUGUGGCUUUAGCCGAAUACCUGGAGAAUAUUGAAUAAGUCCUUGAGUAUUAAUUACCUCCUUUCAGCACGUCUUGUUUCGCUCCUCAAAUGUUUAUGCGCGUUUUCGGUGUCUUAUCAACGUUUACAGUUCAGCAUCGUAAAUAACAACAAAAUCGCCAAGAUCAUUAUGUUCUCUAGGAAAAUACUGUUUUUUAAAUUUGCAAUCCAGCCGACGUUUGUGUUCAGAUCGUACAGAAACGUGAAAUCGAAACCUCACAGACAGUUCAAGAACGACAAUGUCAAAGGUAACCCUGGGGGCAAUCGUGUGUUGGCCAUGGUCUUGGAUGGAGAAUCUCCAGAUGUCACCGACGUAACAUUAGAAGACUUCGAAGACGGCGAAAAUGAUAUGCUUGAUUCGCAUUUGUUUUAUGAUCAGCACAUGAAGGAAAUGAAAAAACAAAAACAAUUUAAAUCAUUUCAGAACAUUAAACGAAAAUAUUUCAAAAGUAAUAUAGUACAGCCUAAUUUUUUAACAUACUUUGAAAAACAACAAAUAAAAAACUUACAUAACAAAUCUCCUAAAGAAUGGACUCCUCAAACAUUAUCAACAUGCUUCCCAGCAUCACCAGAAGUUAUUAUUAAAAUACUGAAAUCUAAAUGGAUAUCGGAUGAAGGGCAAAAAAUAUUGAGACAUGAUAAAUUGGUGCAACAAAAUUGGGAACGUUUUCGUAAUGGACUGUUUAAAGAUAUUUUAUCUGAUGAACUAAAAAAUCAUUUGGAAAAAUUUUCAGAACGACGACCUACACUAAUUACACUAGAACAAGCUGAAGCUCAUAUUCCCAAGCUAGCUGCAGAUUAUUUAAAGCCCCAGGAAUUUGGACAAAUAAUAACAAGUUACCUUGGAGAACUCACAAAUCCAAUUGAUGAACCAAUUCAAAUUGAAACUAAAGAUAAACCAAACAUUGAGAUGAUUUAUGAAUAUGAUACAACAACUAAAAGCAGUAAGAGACAUUUAACAUUAGAAGAAUUCAAAUGUGAUGCUCGAAAAGAAUCUUCUUCAUUGUAUACUACACCUCGGACAUUGUUGACAAAUGAUAAAUGUGUUGACGUAGAAAAAGUUGAAGCUAGUUUACAAGAAAAUACAAGCGUUGUUUCACGCAAAGAAGCGUCUGCAUUCAUUGAUACAAUUAAUGAUUAUCCACUUGCUAUUCGAAUACCGAAACAAGUUUGGAAAGAAGGAUACAUGUAUAGAGUCAACGACUGUUUUUAUGAUGAUAAUGGAGAAUUUUUAUAUAGAGUUCCAGGUUUAAUUAAAGAUGAAGAUAAACAACAAAAGCAAUAAUAAUAUUCAUUUGAUUUGAUUUAUAAAUAUGGUAUAAAUAUUGAUAUAAUUGUAUAUUUCUUUUGAGUAUGCCAAAAAUACUAUUUUUAUUUUUUAAGAACAUUAUUCAACUUUAGUGGUAUAAAAACAAAUUUCAUAAACUAAAAAUAAGAUGUAUUAAUUUAUUACCACUUAAAAUGCCUCGGUGUAUUGCCCUCACCCUACCCUAAAAAACCACUGAACACCAUAUAUAGAAUUAUGUUUGAAAUGGAAAUAUUGCCUUUCUAUUCGAGUGAAUUAUAUAUUGUAAAGACUAUGACUUGUUGACACGGUUGUCACAGUUAACGACUGGGAUACUUAAUGAGUUAAGAAUAUUAAUGCAAACGUUUUACACACUGUAAAUAAAUGUGGAUAGUUGUUUUAGAAAUAUAAUUACUUUAAUUAUAACUAAGCCAAUUUAAAUAAUUUAGAAAAAUUUAAAAAGUAAUGAACACCAUCCAUUUAGAACACUAGACAUAUUUUACCUAUUUAAAUAUAGUUUCAAUGUAAAUUUGUCAAAUAUUUAAAA